AUGCGAUUUCAGAACCUCGUGUUGGCUCUCAGCGUCCUGGCCCACGCGCAACCCACGCCGCCCGAGCAGUGCGCCACAGGAGUGCACGCCAUCCUGAUCCGGGGCCAGGGACCCGGCGAUCACUUGAAUGUGAUGGUUUCAGUCCAGAAUCUGGUGUUGCAGCUCAUUCCUGGCUCGACCUGCGUUGCCCUGCCCUACAAGCAUGGUUUGGACGAUCAUCGACGGGCUGCCGGCGACGGAGCAUAUUUGAUGCAGCAAUAUAUCCGACAAUACAUUGCGGAUUGUCCUAACUCGAAGAUCUUCCUGCAUGGAUACUCCUUGGGAGGGAUCGUGUUGAUGGAUGGCCUAUGUGGAACCAGUUCGUCGUGGCUUUACCCGGUGACGGCACUAGAACCAAUGUAUAACACCAGCGUGAUUGCCGCUGUCUCCUACGGGGAGGAGACAUUCCUCCCGCAGAUGCCCUGGAAUAUCGGGACUUGCACGAAUGGAACGGGGCUGUAUCCACGCAUUCACCCCGAAUGGUGUUUUCCGUACAUGCACUCGCUGCGCAGCUAUUGUGACAUUGGCGACGUCGAGUGUUGCCUCAGCGAUCCGCCCGGGAACAAUCUGCCGCAUUUUCUGUAUAUCUGGAAAUACAAUAUGGAUGUGAUAGAUUUUAUCAAGCGGCGGUUGAACGAGACGCGAAACCAAUAA